AUGAUGGAAUGUUUCUCAUUUUUGGAUUCUAUCGUCAAAAUCGACAAUAAAACGGCGGAAAUCUCAACGGAAUCAUUGCAAGAAGCGGCAAGACAUCAACGUUCCAUUGAUAAGCUGAAGGAACUCUCGGUGAAAGCGACUCGUGGAGAGAAGAUCGAUGAAGAUGAGAUUCCGCCGGCUCCACCUGGGUUUCAGGACAACAAGAAAGCCGUCGGUGGAAUGUUGCGUGUUCGCGUCCGUGUCCGCGAGCCGCUCGGAGACACAAAAUUGGCGAUUCGACACGAGAAAUGGUUGGUACUCGAUAAU